AUGCCAAGAAACAACAGAGACAGAGGGACAUAUCGGCGUAUGAAGCUGCAGCUUCUUCCUGAUAACCCACAUGCCAAGAAACAACAGAGACACAGGAACAUAUCGGUGUAUGAGCUGCAGCGUCUUCCUGAUAACCCACAUGCCAAGAAACAACAGAGACAGAGGGACAUAUCGGUGUAUGAGCAGCAGCGUCUUCCUGAUAACCCACAUACCAAGAAACAACAGAGACAGAGGGACAUAUCUGUGUAUGAGCUGCAGCGUCUUCCUGAUAACCAACAUGCCAAGAAACAACAGAGACAGAGGGACAUAUCGGUGUAUGAGCUGCAGCGUCUUCCUGAUAACCCGCAGUCAACCCGCAUGCCAAUCAACCCGCAUGCCAAGAAAACACAGAGACAGAGGGACAUAUCGUUGCAUGAGCUGCAGCGACUUCCUGAUAACCCACAUGCCAAGAAACAACAGAGACAGAGGGACAUAUCGGUGUAUGAGCCGCAGCGUCUUCCUGAUAACCCACAUGCCAAGAAACAACAGAGACAGAGGGACAUAUCGGUGUAUGAGCUGCAGCGUCUUCCUUAUAACCCACAUGCCAAGAAACAACAGAGACAGAGGGACAUAUCGGUGUAUGAGCUGCAGCGUCUUCCUGAUAACCCAUAUGCCAAGAAACAACAGAGACAGAGGGACAUAUCGGUGUAUGAGCUGCAGCGUCUUCCUGAAAACCCACAUGCCAAGAAACAACAGAGACAGAGGGACAUAUCGGUGUAUGAGCUGCAGCGUCUUCCUGAUAACCCACAUGCAAAGAAACAACAGAGACAGAGAGACAUAUCGGUGUAUGAGCUGCAGCGUCUUCCUGAUAACCCACAUGCCAAGAAACAACAGAGACAGAGGGACAUAUCGGUGUAUGAGCUGCAGCGUCUUCCUGAUAACCCAAAUGCCAAGAAACAACAGAGACAGAGGGACAUAUCGGUAUAUGAGCUGCAGCGUCUUCCUGAUAACCCGCAGUCAACCCGCAUGUCGAGAAACAACAGAGACAGAGAGACAUAUCGGUUCAACCCGCAUGCCAAGAAACAACAGAUACAGAGAGACAUAUCGGUGUAUGAGCUGCAGCGUCCUCCUGAUAACCCACAUGCCAAGAAACAACAGAGACAGAGGGACAUAACGGUGUAUGAGCUGCAGCGUCUUCCUGAUAACCCACAUGCCAAGAAACAACAGAGACAGAGGGACAUAUCGAUGUAUGAGCUGCAGCGUCUUCCUGAUAACCCGCAGUCAACCCGCAUGCCAAUCAACCCGCAUGCCAAGAAAACACAGAGACAGAGGGACAUAUCGUUGCAUGAGCUGCAGCGACUUCCUGAUAACCCACAUGCCAAGAAACAACAGAGACAGAGGGACAUAUCGGUGUAUGAGCCGCAGCGUCUUCCUGAUAACCCGCAUGCCAAGAAACAACAGAGACAGAGGGACAUAUCGGUGUAUGAGCUGCAGCGUCUUCCUUAUAACCCACAUGCCAAGAAACAACAGAGACAGAGGGACAUAUCGGUGUAUGAGCUGCAGCGUCUUCCUGAUAACCCAUAUGCCAAGAAACAACAGAGACAGAGGGACAUAUCGGUGUAUGAGCUGCAGCGUCUUCCUGAAAACCCACAUGCCAAGAAACAACAGAGACAGAGGGACAUAUCGGUGUAUGAGCUGCAGCGUCUUCCUGAAAACCCACAUGCAGAGAAACAACAGAAACAGAGAGACAUAUCGUUGUAUGAGCUGCAGCGUCUUCCUGAUAACCCACAUGUCAAGAAACAACAGAGACAGAGGGACAUAUCGGUGUAUGAGCUGCAGCGUCUUCCUGAUAACCCAAAUGCCAAGAAACAACAGAGACAGAGGGACAUAUCGGUGUAUGAGCUGCAGCGUCUUCCUGAUAACCCACAUGCCAAGGAACAACAGAGACAGAGGGACAUAUCGAUAUAUGAGCUGCAGCGUCUUCCUUAUAACCCGCAGUCAACCCGCAUGUCAAGAAAGAACAGAGACAGAGAGACAUAUCGGUGUAUGAGCUGCAGCGUCUUCCUGAUAACCCGCAGUCAACCCGCAUGUCAAGAAACAACAGAGACAGAGAGACAUAUCGGUGUAUGA